UUUAUUUCGAAGAGAAAAGAUCAUCAUCAGCACUCACCUGUCGCCUCUUCUUCUUGUUGUUUAUUUCGUCUAAUCUCGUGUACAUUUCCAACCUGCCAUGACAGGUUCCGGGGGUAGAGUUCAUCCCUCUCGCUGUCCCAUUGACUGGAAUUAUUGAUACACGUAGAAAUCUCUCUCAGCCUUCAAUUCUUUCUUUGUUUAUUGGACGGUUUCUUGGUAGUUGGCGAGUAGUGCUCCAGCUCCAUCCAGGGGCCAGGAACGUGGGUCUGGAGGAGAUCUGAGCUUCCUUCUCCGUGAAGAAGGAAAUUUGCUCAAGUCCACCAAAGAUUUCAUCGACGAUCACUUCCACAGAUGAGAUGAAGGUAUGUAUUGACAGCUCGGUCCUUCCAUCCCGAGCGAAGAUCGAUCAAUGGCUACUGCUAGUAGUACGGCCUGGGGAUCUCACCGGCAGCAGUUCUCCGCCCUGCUAUCCUCGGCGGUCCUGGAAUGGGUGCUGAUCCUGCUCAUGCUGCUGGAGGGCCUGCUGUCCCGCCUGGCCACGGCGUUCGCGCGCCUCUGCAAGCUCCCGCCGCCCUGCCCGGCGUGCGCGCGGCUCGACGCCGUCCUCGGCGGGGCGCGCCCGCGCUCCUCCUACCGCGACCUCCUCUGCAGCUCCCACAGGGCGGAGGCGUCGUCGUCCUGGGCGUUCUGCCAUGACGGUGGCAUGGGCAUUGGGGACGUUUUGGGAGAUCGGCGCGUCGUUGACGACGAGAUCGAUCGUGUCGGGUACAGUGAGCUGAGGGCCUCCGACUCCGAGUCGGAGCUUAGAAGAAGGUCGCCGGAGGACGCCGCCGCCAUCCGUAGGCUGAAGGAGGAGCUUACUCUGGGCCAGGCGCAGACAAAGGUUGCAGAUAGCCUUCCUCUCAAGAUUCAGAAUGGUGGCCCGGAUAUUACACACUCUGAAGAUUCAAGGGAGCCGGGCAGCAUCGAGGCCGACAUUCAGUCAACUGAUCUUGCCACAAAUGAUGAAGAACCUCAUACCAAGGUUGCAGAUGGCUUUCUCCAAUCCGGGUUAACGCAAGUUCAGAGUGGCAGAUUACACUCUAAAGAUUCACACAACAUUCAGACAAGUGAUCUUCCAACAAAAGAUGAAGAACCUCGUACAGAUACACAAGAUCAUAAACCAGAAGAAGAAGAUGAGUGGCACAACGCUGAUGAUGGCGAGCCAUUUGAAACCAAAGCUGCAGCAGAUGAGCCGGAGCCUGAAUUUGCCGACAGAGCCACCACACGGCAGGAUUCCUUGAGAGUCCACCAGCACCUGAAGCUGCUGCUCUCGCAGCUCUCCGCUUCUUCGUCUUCUUUCCGGACGCCCGACAGCCCGAGCGUGCAGGAGCAGCAGCACGAGCAGGCCGUGCUGCGCAACAUCACCAGGGCGCUCUCCCUGCAGCGGAACUACUCGGGCGUCUCCGACGGCAGCGUGGUCGACACUGAAGCUGAGGAGUGCGGCACGGUUGAUGAGCUGAGGCGGCGGGUGGAGCUGGACCGCAGGUCCAUGGCGCUCCUGUGGAAGGAGCUGGAGGAGGAGCGCAGCGCGUCGGCCGUGGCGACCAGCCAGGCCAUGGCCAUGAUCACCAGGCUGCAGGAGGAGAAGGCGGCGAUGCGGACCGAGGCGGCGCAGUACCGCAGGGUCAUGGAGGAGCAGAGCGCGUACGAUCGGGAUGAAGCUGAGCGGCUGGCCGGCGUCGUGCGGGAGCUCGAGGCCGAGGUCGAGGGAUACAAGGCCAGGCUCAGGGACCACGAGAUCGUCGGCGAGAUCCGCGACCAUAUGCGGCUCCUUCCGUGCCAGACAGACGGCGAGACCGGCGGCGUACCCGUCUCCGGACCGGCCGGAGAGGAAUUCUCCGGCGACUCCGAGGACGACGAGAACGCGCGCGCCUGGAAGCAGCUGAGGGGGCUGACGGACAGGCUCCACCGGCUCUCGAACAACAGCAGCGGGAUUGUCCAAGAACCGGAGCCCACGGACGUCGAAGAAGAAGAAGAAGACGGCGACGGCGGCAAGGAGGAGGACACGACGGAACCUUCGGUGGUGGGGAGGCGCGUGAGGAACGGCGACAACUUCACGAAAUGGCAGCAUCUUCAGUCCAUCGAGACGACGAGCAAGGGCUCGACUCACGGCCACGGCCACCACGGACACGACGGUGGCGGCGAGGGUGACGACACGGCAGCACUGGAGGAGGAGAUCGGGGAGCUCAGCCGGCGGCUGCAGGCGCUGGAAGCGGACCGGAGCUUCCUGGAGCACAGCGUGAACUCGCUGAGGAACGGGAGGGACGGCGAGGCCGUGAUCCACGACAUCGCUCGCAGCCUCAGAGAGCUCCGGAAGACACUCGGAGAGGAUGCCAUUGCUAGCUGAAAGCUUCGCUGGCCGGGGUUGCUCAUGAGCAUGCACAUACAGAGGUGAUUAAUUCUUCAACCUCUGAACUGAUGAAAAUGGUUCGUGAUCAAUCUGCUGGAAGUUCAUCUGAACUUUUUAUAUGAACUCCACCUCCGAUCGAUCCAGUGAUCAUCACCGCUGCUAAUCUCACUUUUGAUCCUUGUGAUUUGAUCGGUUGGAGUUCGAGCUGAUCGAAUGUUGUGCAUGAUGUAGGUUGUAAAUAGUGAUGAGGCUGCUCGAUUGUACAAUAAGCAUGUGUGCAUAUGGUGCUGGAUGGUUUGCAAGUGGACCAGGAUUUUUUGCGUGGAGUGGUUGUUCUGCAAUGCAUUGCAGAAUCAGGGUGUCACUGAAUUCGCCCCCGUUUCAUGUACAAAAUUUUAUCUUGACGGGUUUGAAAUAUUAUGAAAUUUUGAGAGGAUGUAAGUGUGUUUCA